AUGAUUGUGUGGUUCAUUGUUGAUUUUGAAACUGUUGACAGAAACAAAAGUCGAAACAUCGAGUUUAAAAAUGUUACUUACACUCAAAAUGAUAGAGAGAAAUUUGGUAAUAACAUUCCAUCAAGUGUGACAUCGAUUGGUGAAUAUUGUUUUAGUGGAUGCAGUAGUUUAAGCAGUAUUAUAAUACCAUCUAGUGUAAGAUCUAUCGAUGAUGAUUGUUUUUAUGGUUGUAGCAGUCUAAGCAGUAUUAACAUACCAUCAAGUGUGAUAUCAAUUGGGGAUGGUUGUUUCAAUGGAUGCAGCAGUCUUAGUAGUAUUACAAUACCAUUAAGUGUCACAUAUAUUGGUUAUUAUUGUUUCUCAUCAAAUACUAUAGUUCAUCAAAGCAAAUGA